GUUGUCACUGACAGGACGAGACAAGUUCGUGCUGCUGUCAGCUAGCCGCAUCUGUCGACAAAAGCCUUCAUAAUGGGCGCUAUGUCGGCUUCAACAGAGCACUCAAUUCUUUGUUUGGACGAUUGCUGAUCGACAGUCUCCAAUUCUCAAUAUCCAUGUCUGCCCGCAAUGCCUCGGCCACCACGCCAGGGCCAGCCAAGGCAAAAGGGGCCCCAAACAUGCCCGGCCACCUUCGUCAAUUCAGCGAGACCAGCUCUGGCCGGCACUUCGAGCAUCCGUAUUCGCAUUCGCCCGGCGACACUACGUCGAGUAAUUCGACCAUCCGUGAGCGCCCCUCCUCCAGACGCCGCGGCGAGCGAAGAUGGACCGUCACCGUCAACGAGUCGUUUGCCCGCGACGAGGUGCUUCUCAACUUCGACCUGAUUGGCGACGAGAUUAAGCCCGGUAGUUUGGUGGCUAUCGAUGUGCUGAAGUCAGACGCUGAAAAGCCUCUGGCAAACACCCACCACAAGCAGCAUCCCCACGACCGCAAAGAUGCCUCCUCUGCCGGAGCCGACAGGCGCUACAUCUGUGUUGCUAAGGGCAUGCAGAAGGACUUGAAGAUGCGCUAUCCAAUGGUCGAGGUUUAUGUCGCAAAGCACAUUGCCGACGCCUUUGGCAUGAAAAAGGGCACUCAAGUCACCCUCACUCCGAUUGACCCAAAUAAUCCUGCCGUUGAGGCCUCUCACGUGGAGCUCUGUUUCAGAGACCAGUAUCUCUCGAGAGCAGACAUGUGGCGGAUGGCGGUCGGAGAGCUGUCCGAAAGGACCGUCUACAAGGGCCAGAUGGUCCUAUUCAUGGGCACCGUCAAGGCACAGGUCACUGCUGUCUAUGUGGACGGCCGAAAGGUGCAGUCGGCCUUCUUUGGCCGCGAUACGAAGCCCAUCUUCCGUAGCGAAUCCGCUCGUUAUGUGCUCUUCAUCCAGAUGGCUCGCGAAAUGUGGGACUUUGAUUCCGAUGGCUCGGGCGAAAUCAUGUUCAACAAGGUCGUCAAUGGCUUCCUGCCGGCCUUGUUCAAAAAGUGGGCUGCCAUGAAGGUGAAACACCUCGUCACCAUCGUCAUGUUCGCGCGCGUUGAGUACGACACGGGCAUCUCCACUGAGCUCGCCAGUGCUUCAGCCCACCAUGACUACUACACCGGCGUUCAGAUCUCCGGAGAUCGGCGUCCAUACAAGGAUUUCUACCGUGUUGUAGUGAGUGAAAUGGCUAGCGGCGAAUGGACCAAGAUUCUUCACCAGCUUAAGCGGGAAUUCAACUACUUCCGCAAGGAUAUCAGCACGUACCACCAGAAGGCAAUGGCCCAGACCUUUACGUCGCAGGAUUCCACCGAUGGAGAGGCGCUGGUCAAUAGGAUCAAGGCUCAGGCUUCCCUGGCUGUCCACGGGAACUUUCUCGAGGCCAUCAACAUGGCCUCCUCCCUGUACGCCCACGAUUACAUCGACAGGGACUUGACCAGAACAGGUGUCUCUGUCGUGGUCAUCAGCCCAAGUCCCGGCGUCUUUGAGGUUGACUAUGAUGCGCUGCGCCGUACUACCGAGGCGCUUGUGGGUAACGGAAUUGGCAUCGAUUUGAUAUGCAUCCCCAAGAUCCCACUGCACUCGGUGCCACUUUUUCGAUACCGCAACCCACAACAAGCCGUGCACGCACAACCCAAGGGCAACACGGACUUUAGUCUGGGUAGUACACCAAACCAGCCAACCAUUCCCUUUGGCAGCUACAGCAGUCUUGCUGGGUCCUUCUCCCCGAGCAAGAGAGCCGACGGUUCGCGUCACGGUGAAUCUUCGAAUCCCUCUUCCUCACGGGAUGAGUGGGCAUCUGCUGUGCCGCAAUGGCUUCACAUUUCGUACUGGACCGGCGCCUCUGAAGAGGAGCUAUCAUACCAAGGCAUCGCCCUGUCUGUUUCCGACUCGGCGCCCACUCGGGGUAGCGAGGGCUUUCCGAUACGCUGCCGCAUGUACGACUUGCAGAUGAGAAGUGUGAUGGAGACAAACGAGAUCGAGACCAAGCCGCUGCAUCUUGAUCCCUGUUUUCCUCUCGAGGUUGUAACGGCGGGCCAGGGCCCGAAACCGUAUUUCGACCUGCAAGGGAACGUGUUUGUAAAGAAUCUACGAGUGCCCGAGACGCUGUUUGACCACGUGUAUGGAUUUCAGAAGUUUGCCCCUGACAAGCACAGCAAACAUGCCGAGCGAUCACUGUGGAAGCAACUGGUAGAGUACGACGAUUCCAGAGCACGCUUGCCAUCAUCCCGCCGAGUCCUUAACCAUCCAAAAUAUAGCCGCCAUCACGACGGUGGCACUCCUCGGCGACAUUUUAAUGAUGACAACCGCCUUUUCGGAACGUCUUCGACAGAGCGACGGCCUCCAACAGCCAUUCAACAAGUCCUUCCCGAGCUUUCUCCCUACUACCGUCCCGGCGCGGAGAAGCCGGAGGCUCCACCCGUCCAUCGUAGAAGCACAGAUCCCAAGAAUACCGACCCGUCGAGCAUGACCUCACCCACCAAGGCCAAAGCCCCCAAGUUCAUGCGGCACAUCAGCCUGGGGAACCGGGGCUUUGGCAUUGCCGCUCCCAAAGCCGCCACUGCUGAAGUGAGCAUGGAAAGCGUAGGGGCUUCUCGAUCCCCUGCGCCAAGCACCCAAGAUCAGCGGAUGACCCCAGUGAAGACGGGGCAGCGGCCAGCCUCGCCCCAUAGCCUGGCGAUGGGAACCCCCACGCUUUCCCAGGCAAGUCACGCUCCAUUCUCGCCCGUUCAGGGGCACCAGUUUCCCACCGACUCGCCAAGCAGGCCAAUUGUGAUUAGGGAUCAUCAACUUGCUGCUAAGCCUGCCGCCAAUAUGUUGUCUGGCUCUGUGCUUGCGUCAACCCUGCGGCCGGAACCCCCGAUACACAACCGCGACUUCCAGUACUCUACUGCCAUUAGAGCCGAGGAUGCCAAGAAGAUAUACAAUUCGAAACUUCUCGCGGGCGCCGUCCCAGAAUUGCCGUCUACAUUGUCGCCAAAGACGGCCAUGUCGCCCUGGCUGACGCUGCUCAACCCCUCGAAUCCAGAUGUAAAUGACGUGGAUAUGGCUAUGCUCUACAGCCGCUGGCAGCAUGUCUUUCCCAGGCCCCAGGAAAUGAGAGUCAUGAAGUGGAAGAGUUUAUGCUCGCCAGCAGCGGUGCCGCUGACGACUGAGUACUUCCCAAGCAAAUCUCAGUUCGAAUCCGAAUACCAACGUCAGCCUUAUGCCGUAUCCCAAGAUCUCGAUGACGAGCUCUCGGAGGAGCCAAGAUCGCGUGACGAUCUGCUACGGGAACUGGUUGGUUUGCGGUUUUCACUAGGAUUCCAAAUCGUAGUAGGCCCGGCUGUAGCAAAGGCCUUUGGACAGAAACAGAUCAAAGUUGCCGAUGUUUUCUCGCGAGACCAGAUGGUUGAGGAUGGCACGAGCAUUUUCAUGUCGGUGGGUAACACCAUACACCAGCUCUCAUGCGUCAAUGGUACCGAGGUCGAAGUCAAUAUCUUCGUUCGCAAGCCGACUGACACAUUCCCGCAAUCGUAUGGCGGCCCGCCACUGUACAAACCAGCUAUCCGCACCCUGUUGGACGAGUCCUAUAGGACGAGCGAGUUUGAGCUCGUGGCGCCAAGGGCUGAGAAGAACUGGAACUUCAUAGAUGCCUUCGUCGCUGGCCACAGCGACGAAUUAACGGAACAUCUCCGAUUCUGGCGUGCCAGAUUCGUCCUGAUCCCAAUGACGGGCAGGCGCUCGUCAGUGCCUGGAACGCAGGGCGGGGACAACGAGGAGGAGAUCCGUAUUGAGGGAAUCAGAAAGCUCGCACAGAUGUGGCAGCGGCACCGCUACAUCCCGCCUAAUGAAAGGCGGCUUCAAGGUGCAGGACCCCGCUCCAAGAAGGAUAUUAACCCUUUGGACAUUGUCUACAAAACGGAGGAUGCGUCGGUUGUCAUUGCUGCCGAGCUGGAAACGCUGCCGAUCCUGGAAGGGCUCGAAGGGCCGCACCGCAAGGGGCAGCUGGUACGAAGCAGGGAGCAAUUCUCCAAGAAGAACUUCAGCUUGGCGGCGCUGGCCGAGGCCAUCCAGCAACCGGUGGAGAACGGAGGAGUCCGGAUGCAGAACCGCAGAUGGCACUUUCGUCUGCACUACAACUGUUUCAUUGGCUCGGAUAUGACGAGCUGGCUUCUGGAUAACUUCGAGGACCUGGAAGACCGCGAAGAGGCGGAAGCGCUAGGCAACCGGCUCAUGGUCUCGGACGAAAAGGAGAAGGAUGGGAAGAAGGAGAGCGGUGGGCUGUUUGUGCACGUCGAGAGACGGCAUCCUUUCAGGGACGGGCAAUACUUUUACCAAAUCAGCAGCGAGUAUGCAAAGCCGCACCCUCCCAGCUGGUUCAAUACCAAGAGGACUCACGGAUCGGUGCCCUCAACACCGUUGACGGAGCAGGUGUCGCGUGACGGUCGGCCAGGCUUCUCUCGACCAACGUCAAUUCACGAGGAGAGCCUACCAACAUCGGGCGAGACAACGCCGACUGGGCCUCCUUCCACCAUGACAGGCAAAAGGCCCAAAGUGGUGCUGAGCAAGGUUAUAAAGUACGAUGUCGACCACAGAAGGCGGUCGUACCGGCCCGAGAUUGUGGAGCUGCACUAUGACCGACUGCACAACCCAGACAACUGCUACCACAUCCGCGUGGACUGGAUGAACGUGACGGCCAAGCUGGUCGAGGAUGCCAUUGAUAACUGGGCUCGCGAAGCGGCGCAAUAUGGACUCCGACUGGUCGAAGUUCCUAUCGCCGAGGCAUGCGCCAUCAGCGAUAUCAACCCCUUCCGGCGGCCAUACACGGUGAAGCUGGCGGUGCGGCCCCCGGAUCAGUCACCCAUGACCUACUACGACCCAACCUCAUUCGCCCCGCAAGUGCAGCCGGGCAGGCACUUUUACCAGAAAGCCAUCCUACGCAAGUUCGACUUUGUGCUCGACACCGAGGCGGCGUCCAACUUUCCCAGCAACGUCGACGUCUCGUACUCGUGGGGCAAGCCCGACUUCAGGUUUACGCAGUACAUCCACCGGUCGGGGUCUCUCCUGGCCGAGAUUACCGACGACGGCGACCUGCUCCUCUUAGCUAACAGACUAUACAGCAGUCGAGCGGCCUCUGCACGAGAGAGGGAGAUGCAGAAGGAACUCCGGGGCGAUCAACAGCCAGGUCCGGCGGCGCCGGCGGCCGGCGCCCUCAGCGCUAGUUGUACACCGGGCUUGGGGCCCGGCAGCGGCGCCAUCCGUGUCAUCACGCCCGGGACUGGUGCAGCGGGGGGCGGAGGGGGCGGCCCUAACACGCACACGCAGUUUGCGUUUCCCAACCCCUCCCCGAAUCCCGUUUCCGCCACCGCCGCCAGCAUGCACGAUUCGACGCCCUUUUCCUCUCCCCUGCUAAAACCGUCCCAGCUCCUGUCGCCCGCCGUCCGAACGGCGCCACCGCAGACCAAACACAGCGCUGCCGCCAACAACAACGCCUGGCCAACGACGACGUGGAUGAUGACGCCCGAGCCGGAGGUGAUCAAGGAGGAGCUCGAGGCGUUUUGCCGCGAUGCGGCCGGGCUCGAGGCAUUUUACAGGGACCUGGCGGUAACGGCGGCCAUGGCUGGGACGAGCGUUGGCGGUACCGGCACGCCCUCAUUCGGACCCGGACAUGGAAUUGGGCCGGUGGCCGACGGGAAUAUACCUGCUUUGGGCCUGCCGCCGGGGAUGCUGGCUUCGUCUGUUUCAAAGUCUGACUUUGCCUCUCCUGGCGCAGCCGGGUUAGGGAUUGGAACUGGGAGUGGGAGUGAAGGAAGUGGUGGUGUUGGCGGUGUUGCUGGGCCUGGACCGCGGACGGCGAGUCCUGGGUUGCUGUCGAGCUCGCAGCUUUUGUUGAGGAGGCGGAGUGUGCAAUAUGAUGCCAUUGUUGGUGGGUUGAGGAUGAGUAGUGCGGGUAGUGGGAGUGGGAGUACUGGUGGUGGUGGUGGGAGUGCUAGGGACGGGGGUGGGGGUCAACAGCAACAGGGGUAA